UCUAAGUUAACAAGUUGCUUAUUAAUAACUAUGUAGUAUUACGGGAUUGCACAUUCAACAAUUCUGAUAUAACAAGUUGAUUAGUAAUAAGUUUUCUCUUAAUGAAUUGGCCUUAUAAUGAGCAAGAGUUAAGAUCUUUUAUUGUCAUCAAAAUUUAAGAGAUGAACCUCCCAAUUGAACUCCGAAUAAUCUUCUUAAUUCCCCUUUUCCUAACAAUUACACUAGUUUCUUCCCAAUUCCAUUUUCACAAUAAUUACUGCAUAGAUGAUGCAGGUAAUUACACAACGGGUAGCGCGUACGAAGAAAACAUCAGUGGUCUUCUUCCUAACCUCGUAAACAAAGCCUCCUUAUCCAUCUUCAACAAUCAAACAAUCGGACGAGGCACGAUCGAUGAGACAUACGGCUUAUACAUGUGUCGAGGCGAUCUCAACGAGGAACAAUGUCAUGAUUGUGUCGAGACCGCGUCCAACACAAUCGUCGAAAGUUGUCCUUUCCAAAAAGAAGCCAUCGUUUGGUACGAAGAAUGCAUGGUUCGAUACGCAAACCACCCCAUAUUUUCUUUCAAAGACGAAGGGCAGUUUAGUUAUGCUUGGAGUGUACUAAAUGUGUCUGAUCCUGUACAAUUCGGUGACGUAAUUUCAGAGACGAUCGAUGGUUUAAUCACACAAACUGCUUAUAACAAAACUCGUCGAGGGUACGCUACAUCAUCUGAUCAAGCUGAAAAUGUGUAUGCUUUUGCGCAAUGCACUCCUGAUAUUCUUGGUAGUCGAUGUGAAAGAUGUUUAAGAGCGGCGUUUCGAAAUAUGGGAGGGUGUUGUGGGACGACGAGGGUAGCGAUGGAAAUGUACUUGCCUAGUUGUUGGCUUCGAUAUGGUCAAGAGCCUUUUAUUGGGGAAUUCGACAGUGAUCCCACUAACAUUACUUUCACAAUGUUGUCAUCCUGGGAAGGUUCGUCUGAGAACACCAACUCUCUCGGGGAUAUGAUUAAAAAUUUACCACCCUCACCACCUUCCUCAGAGCGUUCCAAAGCAACAAUAUCAGCACUUGGUGGCAACAAUUUCAUGGCUGAGCUUGUAAUGACAUUGAUUGUGUCGAUAUGUAUGGCUUGGUGAAUAUAAUGUUGUAUCAUGGUCCUUUUUUAGCUGGCCCGGCAAUGGUGAUUUCGUGUGUCAAUUCGAAUUUAUAAGUGUCUUUCCCUUAUUUUCACGACCUGAAUAAAUUAAGAAAGGUACAAGAUCAUGAAUUGAAUACUCUGUUAACUAAGGGGAAAAGGAAGAUUAUAAAAGUGGAAUAUAGUAUAACAAUUUCGUAUACAAAUACCAUUGCAUGCUUUCAAUAUAUAAUCUACUCAUAUCAUUGUUUCUUAUAGAGU